AAAUAUUUACUGCGCAUGUCCCAGGUGUGACUCAAUCCGAGAAGUUUUGAACGGAAGUGCAGGAGGGUGAAUUGGAAGAUGUUAUAAAAAAAACAUUUUACCAUGAAAGAGAAAGAAAUAGACAAGGAUACGGUGAUAGCGUAUCAUGACUUCGUCCAGACUCAGAUCAGGGGCGAGCUGAAUGGGAUCUUCCUUGGACCUGGGAGGUUUUACGCACAAAUUGCGGUAGCUAGUUUCCUAGCUGGAAUCGUUUCCGGUAUUAUAGGAACUUUAGUGAUCACGCUUAGAACCCGUCAUGUUUACCUCAUUUCGUGGGAUGACCAGUUCCUUGGACCAUUCUUUGUAAUCCUUGCCUUCAUGCUGGUAGGAUUUGCUGCCGCUCUGGUCGUGCAGGCAAAGAGGCGAGCCAAUGCCUACAGACGCGAUCUUGUGUUCCGUCCCAUUGGUGACUAUGGAGUUGCAGUUGUGCACAAGAGCAGACUCACUUUUGAACAAACUACAAGAGAACAGCUGAAAUCUGGAACAGCUCCAAAGAAACCAAUGACCGCAAAACCAUACCAGCCUAUAUCUUACAACGCAAGUGGAAGGCAAAGGCGGGGUCCACCUCCAGGUGGGUUUGAUAACCGUGGAUAUGGGGAACCUCCACCCUACGAUGGAAGACGUGGUCCUCCAGAUGGUAGGAGACCCUAUCCUGACCGUAGGGGUCACUCAGGUCGACCAAGGAACGGUCCACCAGAUGACAGAAGGAGACAGGGACCACCGCGAGGGGAAGAAGGACGAGCACCUCCCUAUGGUUACCGGGAGCCUGGAUCCAGGAGACCUUACCCUGAUGAUAGGCACAGAGAUGGACCCCCUAGGGAGAGAAGGGGGCCUCCACCUUCUGACAGAUACAGGGAUGGUCCACCACCUGAAAACAGAAACAGAGGUCCUCCGUCUGAUGAUAGGUAUGCUGAAAUAGACAGGAACAGAAGAAGGCCCCCACCUCCAGAUGACAGGAACAUGCCAACCAAAACCAAACUGGAAGACAUGCAUGAAGGAGACGAGUCUUCAUUCUAAAAUCAUUCCUAUUUUUGCCUUGUUCAUUCAUCGUAAUAAUGUAUUUUGUGUCAUUUUACUAUUCAUGUAGUCUGGACCAAUGGCAGUGUCAUGCAUAGUUUCUACAAUAAUAUUUAGUUCAGUUUUCUAAACAGAUCACUAUAAUCUUGAAAGAUUAUUAUUCAUGACAUAAUAUGAUACUGAUAGAUUUAAGUUUAAUUAUGAUGAUGGUGAUUUAUUGGCAACCAGAGGUCCAUGUGUGUCUGGCAUGCAUGUAUUUGCGAGAGACAAAUACUGUACACAUUGUAGGAUCUGAACUCAGCUCAGUAUUCACUGCAUUAGAGCGCUGCAGCAUUUUCAACAUUUUGUUGAACUUCCACAUAUUAUUCAUGUAUAAUUCACAUUCCAAUAAAGUAGGAAUCAUAAUUUGAUAUAAAUUUUGUAUUAUGGACUUGUAUGUUUUAAAUGCAAUUUUAUGCCCUGUAUAUAAAGGUGGAAAAAGCAACUACCAAUAAAUUUUUAUAAUAAAAAAAAAAA